GGCCUCCUCUCAAACUACGAGUACCUCUGCCACCUCAACGAUGCGGCCGGCCGCUCGUGCGCCGACCUCGCGCAGUACCCGGUGAUGCCGUGGGUGCUGCAGGACUACACCUCCCACACCCUCGACCUGGCCGACCCGGCCGUCUACCGCGACCUCUCCAAGCCGGUCGGCGCGCUCGACGCCUCGCGCCUCGCCCUCUUCCGAGAGCGCUCUCCCACAGGCGACGCCUUUAUGUACGGCACGCACUACUCGGCCCCCGCCUUCGUCGCCUACUUCCUUGUCCGCCAGAGGCCCGCGCUCGAAACUGCACUAGCACGCCGGCCGCUGCAUCUCCUUCCGCAGUGA